CUAUUGUUUCUGUUUCCGCGCAACCAUAUUUUAGAAGCUCCGAAAAAGUUGCGCGGACUGCUUACAGACUACAGUGAAUCUCAUUUUUCUAUACGAUAUACCUUGGCUAUGCUAUCAGACGUUGUAGUAGGUUAUUAAAGAAGAUUUUUUGUCAUUUAUGCGAAAAUUGUGGUGCCGAAUAUGACGACUGACACUAAACCUACCAGUUUCAACCCCCUUGAACAGUUUGUACUGUUAGCAAAGUCGGCUAAAGGGGCUGCAGCUGUUGAAUUAGUAAAGCAGGCUUUAGAAGCUCCUGGUGUUUAUGUUUUUGGUGAACUACUCGACAUGCCCAAUAUUACAGAGCUUCAAACUGAUCAAUUUCAACCUUACUACAAUUUGCUGAAAUUAUUUGCCUUUGGAACAUACAGACAAUAUCUUGAAAACAGUAGUUCAUUGCCCGAACUAACUCCAUUUCAGCAGCAGAAACUGAGACACUUAACAAUUGUGACACUAUCUGAAACCAACAAAUGCAUUCCAUAUGAAGUGUUGGUCCAGCAACUUGAUAUGAAGAAUCUCAGAGAACUUGAAGAUCUUGUCAUUGAAGCCAUCUAUGGAGACGUUAUUCAUGGGAAAUUAGACCAGCGUAACGGUCGUUUGGAAGUUGAUUUUGCAAUUGGUCGAGAUGCUCAAGUCAAAGACAUUGGCCGAAUCAUUCAAACUUUGAACGAUUGGUGUGAAGCAUGUGAUGCAAUUCUCGGAGCCGUUGAAACCCAAGUCAUGAAUGCAAAUUGUGAAAAGGAAAAGCAUAUCAAGCAUCGUGUCGCUAUCGAGGAGGAAGUUUUGAAUAUUAAAAAAACCUUGAAAUCCCAAAUCCAGGAAAGCGAUGAUAUAUCUCUUACUGGUGAAACGCGCAAUGAAAUGUUAGGUGACAAAGGUAAGAAGCUUGCCAAGGGAAAAGGAUUGAAGACCAAUGUUCCAAAUAAGUUUUGGAAUAAAUCCUGAAAAUUUGUAAUUACUCCUUAAUGUUUGUAUUCACUUAUCCCUGAAAGCAUUGGACUUGAUUCACCCAUGGUAUUGUUGUCUCAAAGAGUGUUCGCAAUGAAAUAAAUAAAGAAAAUUUCUUUAACUGCA